AUGGGGUUCUCUCCAGACGCAUUCGGUUCGGAUGCUUCCCCAUUUUUGGAAGAGACAGUGGCAGACGGCCCCGUCUGGUCGCCAGUCUUCCGCCAUGGAUGUAACUUCGACGGGGCAGUAUUCAACAGAGUCAUGUUGAACCUCAUCAAAAAUCCAAACAUCAACUCGUCAUGGCUGUUUCGAGCUGAUAUCCUGCUGAACCGUGAAGGCGCCGAGGCCCUCGAGGGCGUUGCCCCUUUUGAGAACCAACCGCCGCUUCCCACGUUCAAGUCUUUCCAGUGCGAAAGAGUCAUUGUCCGCCGUAUGAUCCCUCGAAACGCACAGAGAGACCAGCCUCUGGAUCAGACUUGUGUGCUGUACACAGGAACUGAUUCAGGCAGGUCGCUGGUCAUAUAUCUUCCCCAUUUCAAGUCCGAGGCCGAUGUGCCGUUCUACCAUCCUGCGGUUCGGGGCAUAGCGUUUCUGCACGAGUGGAAGGAAGGAGAAUCUGCAGGACAUAUUUCGAUUCACUAUGUCUACUUUGACAGGGAUAAUGCUGCGCAGAAAGUAACAAGAACAGCAUUGUCCCUCCUCGGUAUGCUGUAUAAGCAUGGCGAGGGUGAGGCCAAGGGAUAUGUCAAAAGAGUUCAGCACGAUGUGCUUGUGCCGCAACCUAUCCUCCAAGACAGAUACGCAAAGCUGAAGCAGAAGUAUGCGAGAACCCUUGUAGACAACUGGAUGGAGAGCACAGACCCAGGCAAGCACGUCUUUGAGGAUCUGUGCAUAGCAGCAUUUCUCAUAGAAUUGUGGAAUGAUAUGUAUAAGGACUCCAAAUUUCCCGGCUUCGUCGACAUAGGUUGCGGUAACGGGCUCCUAGUCUACAUCUUGAACCAGGAAGGGUACACGGGCUGGGGCUUUGACGCAAGAGCUCGGAAAUCAUGGGACACUUAUAACACAAAAGCAUCGACUUCAGAAUUUGCCGGCGUGCAAGACUCGUUGCAACAGCUCAUAUUGUUGCCAUCGAUAGCUAUGAAGGGAGACUCUGACACCAGAGACAUCGCCACUGACAGAAUACACAACGGCCAUUUCCCCAAAGGCACUUUCAUCGUCUCGAACCACGCCGACGAGCUGACGCCAUGGACCCCGAUCCUCGGCGCUCUCUCAGACUGCCCCUUCAUCAUGAUCCCGUGCUGCAGUCACGACUUGACAGGGGCAAAGUUCAGGGCCCCACCGCCAAAGGGCAAAACAGCGCCCAAGUCAACAUACUACUCCUUGAUGACGUGGGUCUCGGACAUUGCAGCAGAUUGCGGCUGGGAGGUUGAGAAGGAGAUGCUCCGCAUACCAAGCACCCGCAACGCAGCUGUGAUAGGUCGAAGGAGAACUGCAGACUCCUCGUCGAUCGAUUUCCAGGCAGUGGUCAACAGAUAUGGUGGGACAGAGGGCUACUUUGACAAUGUCGUCAAGCUGCUCAAAUCAAAUCCACGCGGACACUAG